AUGGAGACGCCAGGCGCGUCUGCCAACGCGACUUCAUUCUUGCCGUCGCCAGCAGACUUGCUCAUGGCAUUACCGCGCCUCUUCUCCAAGGCCAGUUCUCUCGGCGACAUGAUGCGCUCGGGUGGAAGCGUUAUCGCGGAACCCACGGCCAACAUGACAAACAGCACCAUGACGACUACAGGCUCGGGAUUUGUACAGGAAUCCAUCGCUGCAGCGGCUUCUGCGAUGUCGACCGAGGGCGAGAUGACCGUGUGGCAAGCUUUGAGGAACGUAGCCGCCUGGUUUAGCUACAUUACUUCCAAAUGGGCCGUCGCAACAUUCGCCCUGGCAAUCGUGCUUAAUAGAACCCACUUCUACGCCAACAGCCGCGUUCCACUUUCCUUCGACCGCCUCUAUCUUCGUUUCGCCCUCUACAUCAUGCCCUUGAUCCUCUUCCUCUAUCAGACGCAGAACACUCUACGGGCGAUACGCUGUCAAACCUCCCCCGGUUGGUCAGAGAUGCAGUACGGAGCAGAUGGUAGGCAGCUGGAUACAGACUUCGGUGGCGAAGGCGGCUUUCUAUGGCAGGUCACGUCAAAGAUACUCUUCUGGGAGACCACAGAGAGCUCAUGUCGAGCUGCGAAUAUGUUGCCCAUCGGUCCGGCGACCACGCGGCCUUCUGGAUCGCUAUCGCUUCUAUGGCCCAUGUUUGUUACACUUGGAUUUGGCCAGUUUGUUGAUACCUUGGCCUGCGCCCUGCAAGGAAGACGCCCCAUUCAGGAAGUCGGUAUGACCAUCUUCGAACAUUCGCUCGCAUUUGCAGAAGCUGAGGCUGUCGUUACGAAGCCGCUAGCGGUCGAUUCUGUACGCUUCUUCAAACCGAAGUCUGUCUUCACUCCAGAUGGCACAUCCUUCACGAUUCCGAGGUCGAAGCUCUCCAAGAUCGCCAAUGUACCACCGGAAGUGCUGUUGAUUUCCCUCAUCUCUAGUUUCAGCCACUUCAUGAGCAACCUGUUAGCCAUCGCUGGAGUGCGCUCUAGAUGGCGACUCGUCACGACAACAAUCUGCGGACUUGCCUAUAUGUCAGCUUUCGCAUGGAGCUGUGUUCGUCUAGCAACCAUGGUCACUGAUCCAGACCACUAUGUGGGGAUAUUGAGAUUUCCUACUGUAUGCAUCAUUGGAUUCAUCCCGCACUUGUUGAUACUUGUGGGCAUCGCGAUAUGCGCACUAAUCUACCUGCUGGCCUUCAUCAUCACCGUACUUUCUCCACCUGCAGGACAUGCCGACAAUCUAUCUCUGAGAGAGAGAUUUGCAUCCGCCUACGGCAAUCUACAUGCCAACAUUCAUCUGUCCUCGAUUACGCCUUUGACUAUCAAUUGGCACGAAGAUUUCUAUACGACUAUACUCAAGGUAGGCUAUGUCAUUCUCACAUCCGCCAGUGAAGCCGUGUUUCUCAACGAAGGAACCAAGGUCAAUGUGCACCCUAUGACCUGGCUCGAAAAGCAGAGGUUGCAGGAACUACUCGCUCGGCGAAGAAGAACACGAGAGAUGAUCACCGACAUCCCGUCCGAGCUCAGGAACGACACAUUCGCGCAAGGCAUCGAGGUAGUUGACGAACUCAACGAUGUCAGAACGGAUACAUCACUGUCAGGUUAUGCAAAAGAACGUAAAACGCGAGGAGUACAGGCAUCCACUGAACCAGCCAUUGGACAGACUGAUCCUGCGAUUCAACAACGUAGUCGCUACUUGCAGACCUACCAGUUCUUCUUCCGUAUAUCAAAGUUGAUUAUACUUAGUCUCGCACGGAUCACAGACUGGGCGUUGACUAAAGUCUCGAUCAGCUAUCGACCAAGAUGGCUACAACGCGCUGUUGGGUUCCACGUUGACCAUGUUGAUAAGAUGUAUGCUCCGCGACACUCCGAUCAAGCGUUGGCAAGAGAGUCAUGGCUUACCACAGAUGAUCGGUCUCGAAUUCGCCAGGACCGGAAUUUUGACGUUGAAGUCUUCGCGAAGGAGAGGCUCCGACAGAGUGGGUUCUAUUCGGGACCCAAUGGGGAAGAUUCUGAAGAACGUCUUGACGACUACCUGUACUCCUGGUGGCGCAACGGUAGCCUAUGGAAUGACGUUGACAACACCAGAGACUAUGUUGACUCGCAAGAUGAUGACACGACUAGCGUAGUGUCAUUUGCUACCACAACAGACAACGACGAGUGGUCAGACAUGGACGACGGUCAAAGAACACCUACGCGUGCAACCUACCAGAGAAGUCGGGAAGCAACACCCAUCCUUGACGACGCAAUGGACUUCUCGAGACUCUCUCAACUCCUGGAUCCAAAAUCUAGUGAGGAUCGUGAAGAAGCCAAGCUGCUGUCUCGCCACCUCCAGAGCUCCAAUAUCAUGACACGCUCGCAGUACCGCAAAGCUCUUGAGCGCGAAGAGGCGAAGAUCCUCACAACAUCACGCUACAGGAUGAGCGGCGGCGUCAACAUGACGCCCGAAGAAGAAGAACAACUUCUGGAAGAUUUCAUACUCAGUCGUCGCAGCGCAACGGCGCCGCAGGGCGCAAGUACAGCUGGAAGCUGGGACACGGGUGCAGAAGAGCCCAUCAACGCAUCACAAAACGUUUCGUACCAGCAAACCUCUUUCAACACCGCCACCACCUCCCAGCAUGGACAGCGCCGCAGCCUUGACUUCCAGGUCUCUCUGCAGCCUCACUCGGGUGAGCUGCGGGGAGAGUCUGGGCCACAACCCCGCGGGUUCGCUCGCGAUGCGACGCGUUCAGAGGCCGAUACUGCAGUCGAGACCGUGGAAACAGAUGGACUGAAGCGCGUCGCGUCUCCCUCACCACCCCCGAGGGACAGGAUCACCGAAUACGAGAAUGCGCUGAAGUCUUCACCGCGAAAGCCUGCUGAUGGGCCCCUCUUCGAGAUCGUCAAGAGCAACAAGAAGCCCAGCGAUAAGAGCUCGCCCAUCGCGAAUCUGCCUAAUGAGGUUCUGAUCCAUGCUAUCGCCCACCUGUCACCAAACGAUCUCGCCGCCGUAUCCCUAGUCUCUCGCCGCUUCCAUGAUGUAGUCACUACCCCACACGCCUGGCAGGUGGCAUUCGGUCGCUACUUCCCUGGCCCACACUCACUCGAAGAUGCCGCCUUUCGUUCAGCCCUUGAGGGCAGUGGCUCAGUCGUGCGAUCAGAGAAGAGACGCUUCACCAGGCUCACUGCGCUGGCAUCGUGGAGAAGCGAGUACAUUCUACGCACGAGACUGCUGCGGUCUUUGGUCAGGGGCAAGCCUGUACAGGUACCUGCGACACCGUCCCGCGCGUCUCAAAUGCAGACCAUCACCCCAAUGAUUACCUACGAUGCCAAAACGUACACCAUCAUCAACCACUUGCAGGCCACGUUCGGAACCGGUUUGAACAAGAAGAUGCCGCGCUUCAUCCAUGGUGCAGACGACAUUGGCAUGGUGACCAGCAGCGAUCCGAUGACUGGCAAAGUGGAUCCUUGGGGACAAAGCGACCCUCACUUCUAUGGCCAAUUCUCAGAACGCUUUCCGGGUACCGCAGAGUGGGGUCUGGGCUCAGGAGAGGUCGUCGGGCGACCCAAUGUUAUGGACAUAUCGCAGCCAUACGGCAUGAUCUAUGGCCAGGGCUGUCCCGAAGGCUCGUGUUAUUACCGCUCUCUUGAGGAGAUGCGUGGUCGAUUCAUAGCUGAACCCACCGACUUCGCUAUGCCUGAAGUCGGUAUACCAAAGCUGGGUAUCGACGGUGGUGCUAUCUGCAGCGUCUGGAUCGCCAAGUCAAACACGAUCCCGACCCUUUCGGAUGGCUUGAUAGGCAUGAUGAUGGGAUCUGCAGCUGGUGUCGUCAGUGCUUGUAGCAUCGGUACAGAUGGUCUCCGCUCGUCCCGUGUACAGCGUGGGGAGCUGACUGCGCGCUGGGUUCUCAGCCCGGGAGUACCUAUCAUUGCCAUCGCCGUCGACGAACAAUACUCAACCAAGCGCUAUGCUCAGAACCGCAUUUGGGCGGUCGCUUUGAAUGCACUUGGCGAGAUCUUCUACCUCACUAAAUUCCCAACUCGCAGCCAGGCUACGAAAGGCGACAUUGAGCACUACUCGGAGUAUCUAGGUUGGCUCACUGGCCGGACCGUCUACUGGAACUUGGUGGAGCCCAGCCGACGUACUGCGAGGCCUGACCCAUACAGCGAUGCCGAUGUCGACGGUAGUUAUUCGCCGCGAACCUCAUGGGAUGGCAUGUGCUUAAGCAAGGAUCAGAUCAUCGCCGAAACAAGGGAGAUCCAAGAAUAUCUUCGCAAGCAGCCAAAACAUUUCCGAAAAGCAUGCCUUGGAUGGGAUAUGCGACGAACGCUCGAGGUUGACUUUGCUGGAGACGACGGAAAUCAUGCUGGGGAAUCCGUAGUGGUCUUCGAAUGCGGGCUUGAAGAGGGAGACGUCGCCGAUGUUAAACGCUUCACCCGAUGUAAGAUUGACGAAAAAGACAAGAGUACGAACAUCUCAAGUCGCAUUUUCACGCCUCAGCCUACGCAAGCUACAUCUUUAUUCGGCGGCCCCGGCGCGGAUUCCACAAAGCCUCCUCGUGGUCGCAGCUCUUCAUACCUCUCGACCACAAGUUCACCGGAACGAGCCGCUCUAUUCGAAGAAUGGAGGUGCUCAAAGUUGACUUUCGGCGGUUUCAAGAGCACUCAGGUCACUACAACUGCUUUGGACGUCUCUACCUUUGCCACUUUGACUUUGUUUGAGGAUCCUGCGCUUGGUUUCUCGACUGCCUCGACUGCAUCCUCGCCUUACUCUUCCCCGAUGUCUGUUGCCAGCCAGCCGGCCUCUCCCUCUGACAUCCCUGGACAGCGCGCAAGGUUCCUCGCCGCUGGUACCAAGUCAGGCGUGGUGCUGCUUUGGGAUGUCCGGGCGCCUACGUCGCGCUCAUCGGAGUACACAAACGACAUUGAGCCUGUUCGUAUCAUCUACACCGACUCGCCAGAAAUAUCCUGCGUGGCUGUCACUUCACUCUAUCUCGUAGCAGGUGGAAACGACGGCUUGGUACAGGCAUGGGAUCCGCUGGCUUCGAGCAUGUCGCCCAUAACAACGCUUCACUCCCGACAUGCGUCGCGUGCUCGUAGACAGCUUGUGCAGGCCCAAGCUUCCGUUCAAGGAGUCGGCAUCAACAUGUUUGCUGCUGGUGCCGUAUGCCUGGAUCCUGAUCCGACGGUCUUGCGCGGUGCAGUAUCUCUUGGCAAUCAGCUUCGAUUCUGGAGUUACAGCUCAUCUGCCGCCGAUCAGUAUAGAAGCAGUAAACGCAGGCUGCGAAGGGCCGAGCGUGGAAGUAACAAUACCACAGAGCGCUUCGCCGGUACAGGCAGAGUCAACCUGAAGAACUACAUUGCCAACGAACAGUUCGAGUUGGAGCGUGAUAGACAAGAGCGUCACAAGCAGGCCGAGCAUUUGGCAGGCCGUUUUGGCACGGAGCUACUAAGCGAGGAGGAGGCUCUAGCAUACGCUGCAAUGCUUUCGCAAGAAGCUGCUGAGGCAGACGAACUACGCCGCAUCGAGCGCGAGAGCAGUGCCCUUAAGAGUGAGCCUGUAACGCCAGAGGCGAGCGUCCAAGGCCAACCUCCAUCGCCUGACACCAAGGACGACGACGAACUGGAUGCCGACAUCGCCGAAGCCAUCCGUCUUUCUCUCAACGAUAGCUCCGGAGCUGGCAGCUAUGAACCCGCCUCUACGCCUCCUCCUGCGUUCGAGAUUCCGAUCAAGUACGCCAAGAGCAAAAAGUCUCCGCAGUCCCGCUCCACAAAGAGCACGCCCAGGAAGGGUAAGGCCGCUGCUGGUUCGAGUAACGAGAGCGAGAUGUCAGAUUUGGAAUUUGCCAUGCAACUGAGUCUUGCUGAAGAGCAGAGUCGGAAGGAUGCCGAAGAUGCGUUUCCACCGCUCAGUCCAGCAGCUGGCAGUAAGGGUAAGGGCAGAAUGUGGUAG